ACUCGUGUCUCAGCGCGUCUCCCGGCAUGUACUGACAUGGGAAAGCAAAGACAACUCCCCUUUCCGUCUGGACAACGCUUCCGCAAGCUUCCGCGCACAUCCAGAUGAGUCCCACAGGGAAGUGAAGGAGACGCUGUAUGGCGGAGAUCAAUAAAGAGACAGGUGAGCUCAGCGCCCUGCGAGAGACUGCAGGCCCUCCAGGGCCCAUGGGGGACCAGGAUCUCUGCGGCCAGCCCCACCGCAUUAGCCCUGAGGCUGCUGAUCCCAGUCCAGCGCUGACCCUCAGGGACCAGCUCUCUGAACUGGAGACCAACAGCCAGCGGCCGAUCCAGGAGCGCGAGGACGACAUUCUCAAAGUUCUGCCUCUUUUCAUUGAGGUGUCCCAGAGCGGUGAAGGAGAGGAGCUGAACCUGCAGGGCCUGGCCAGCCAAGUAGCAGAGGUGGUGGUUUUCAGCAUCCAGCAGAAGCUCUCCGAAAAGCCUGCAGAAGAGGCCCGUCAUGAAGUUGAGCAGUUCUUUGAGGGGAAAGGAGAAGUGAGAGAAACCAGAGGCUGGCUACUGCUGAAGUCUCUGUCCCUCCUGUCCGCUGGCGAGUCGGACAUAGUCACCACCAUCAUUAAGAGCGGUCUACCAGCUGCCCUUGUCAAGUGCCUGUAUCUGUUUGUGGCCUUGCCUCCCAGGAAGGGCAAUGCAGAAGAGGAGUCUGCCUCAUGUUCCUUUCAGGAGGUCUUCACUCAGGUGCUCCUGCAGCUGUGCAGGCAAGUGUGCUGUGUGGAGGAGCUGGUGGAGACGCGGGAGCUGCUGUGCCUCAUCAUUGCGCUCACCUCGCUGUGGGACCAGUGCAGCUCCGCCUGGAGGCGGCAGGCGUCGCGGCUGCUGAGGGCUGUGUCCGCGGCCCAGGCCAGGAGCACCGUGCCGGCGCUGCAGGCCAAAAACUGCAUAAAGAUCUGCAUUCAGAACAUGCUGAAGAUCACCCAGCAGGUGGCAGGGCCGGUCCUGGCAGAGGUGGCCGUCAGCGUCUUCAGCUUCGUGAAGGACUCCUACCCCUUCAACCCUGCGCUCUUCGAGGAAUUCGAGAGCAACGAGGGCUACCGGGUCCUACAGAUGAUCAUGUCUCGCUGUGAGGAUGGAGUGACCGCCGAGGAUGUGGGGCCCCUGGAGGAGCUGCUGGACCUCAUAGCGUCCCUCACUCUGUGCGGAAGGGCGGAGCUGAAGGUGGCUGUCUGUGUGAACAACCCCCAGCCCCCAGGGUUCAAAUUCGACCCGGUCCUGACCAAAGGGUCCUCGGUGAAAAAUCUCACGGCCUUCAGGAUCAUCCACUCCUCCUUCCUGCGCUCUGAAAACGUGUACACCUGCUCCCAGAUCUUGCGCACCAUCCAGAACAUCUGGACAUGGGACAAAGCCAACUUCUUCCUGCUGGAGUGGACCCUGCAGUCCCUGGCCCAGCUAGCGGAGUGCGCGUGGCGCAAGCCGCCGCCCGUCCACGUGCUCUUCUUCGAGCUGGUGGAAGCGGUGGUCUCGCAGCUGUCCUACAUCCCUCACGAGACGCUCAAGAAGGUGCAGGGCGUCUUCCAGCAGGGCCUGUCCGUGCCCUUCAACGUGGCUGCCCUUGACUGCUUCCACCGGCUGUGCGGCCGCAGCGGCCUCUUCUGCGAGGUGCUCAGCGACUCUGGCAUGCUGGAGCUGCUGCUGGCCGAGCUCAAGCAGCAGGCCAAAGUCCUCAGGAAGGCGGGAGUCACCGGAAACAAUGAUCAGGAGACUGAUGUGAAGAGAGAUGAAAAGACCCUCACCGUGAACAUGCUGAAAGUGGUAGCCAUGCUGGCAAUGAAAUCAGUCAGGAACACCGUGGCCAUAAGGGACUAUGGAAUGAUUCCCUACAUCAAGAUCUUCCUGGAUGACGAGCAGCUGCGGGGGCACGCACUGUCUGUCCUGGAGCAGCUGUCAGAGAUAAACGCAGAUGAGUACAUGAGCACCACCAUCGGGGCGCUGUGCUCCUCCACAGAGUCAGAGCUGGGCCUCAAGCAGAGCCUGCUGCAGUCCAUUCUGAAGGUGCUGAAGAACCCCAGCACCUGGAACGCCUUCCGGAACGCGGGCGGGUUCAACGGGCUGCUGUCCGUCAUCGUGGACAUGGAGGGGGCCCUGAGUGCGCGGCCGCCGGGCCCGUGGGCGUCCCUCCGCCGCAACGACAUCAUGGAGCUCAUCCUCCUGACCCUCCACACCAUUGCCCUGGCCGUGCACCUGCAUCCUGUCAACGAGCACUUCUUCCACACCACUGGCCAGUACGAGAGGAUGGCCGACGCCCUCCUGCAGCUGGGCUGCUUCCAGGGGGGAGGCUCGGGGGCGCGUGGCGCCGACCUCACCCCCGACCAUUCAAGGACGUUCCACGAGCUGGUGGAGGUGGUGGAGAGCCCUGGGGCUGCCAUGGUGACGCCCCUGCAGGACUGUACCAGGCUGCUCAGCUACCUGGACCAGCUCGCCACCGGGACACUCGUCAGCUUGGAUUUUGCCAGCGACCCAGAGGAGAAUCCGGAGUGCCCACAGGACCUUCCCCUGGAGCACCUUCCUGCCGAAGAAGAUCCUCUGUGGAGGGGCCGAAGUCCUUCCAGUAGUGCCUCCUCAGUUACCAAUGACUUCGGGAACAGGUUGACCUUCGAUCAGAUAAUCCUUCAUCCCGGGGCUGUUUGUGUCAUCAUGACUGUGCUCCCAAAAAUAUUUUGUCAGGAUGACCCUCAGCUAUCUGCCGAGCUGCAGUUCGCCGUGGCGGAUUACGUCCAGUCCCUGGUCAAGUCUGAGCAGAACCGGCAGAUCAUGUGCGAGUCCGGCCUGCUCCUCACGCUCCUGACCCACUGCAAGGCCGUCCUCAUCAGCAGCGACCACCCGCUCCACCUGCCUGUCGUGCGCGUGUUCGAGAAGCUGGCGUCCCAGGCCAUCGACCACGUGUCUCUGAGGAAGUUUCUGUGCCUGGGACACCCUUUCAUGUGUGCUGCCGAAAACGACCUCCCCUCCACACAAAAGGCUGACCCGCUAAUGACCGCUCCUGUUUCUAAUGGGCACGAUGUGGGUGUGACAGGUGUCCCCGUGAGUGACGAAGCGAAGCCGUCGAGCAGGGACCUGAAGCGCAGUUUCAGUUUACUGAACAGGAACGUGGGGCCAGGCAUACCCCCCCAUCAGAUCAUCAGCCUCAUCUCUAUGACUUCACCCCGGAGUUUCAGGCCGCACAAGCUGUCCGUUUCCCCGUCCUUCGUGGAGUUUGAUAUGAGUGACAGCGGAUAUGGAUGUCUUUUCCUCCCAUCUCUGGCCACUGUAAAGGGUGUCAGUGCAGACUCUAUCUCAACUGGUGGCAUUGGCUGUGACUGUCGUGGCUUCCCCCCGUCGGCAGGCCUGUCGUUCUCCUGCUGGUUCCUGAUUGGCAGGUUCAGUUCGGCCUGCGACUCGCACCCCAUCCGGCUCCUGACCGUGGUGCGUCACAUGUCCCGCGCUGAGCAGCAGUUCGUCUGUCUGUCCAUCAGCAUCUCUGCCCCCGACGGCUGCCUUGUCAUCUCCACGGAGGAGGAGGCGUAUCAGUUCCUAGAUAUGAUGGAGCCAGAGGUCCACACUCCGACCCCCCUGCCGGCCAGUGUGAGAUUCAAAUGUGCCAAACAGCUGAUCCCCGGCCAGUGGCACCACCUGGUUGUCGUCCUUGCCAAAGACAUCAAGAAAAGCUGCAAACUCACUGCCUAUUUGAAUGGGAAGAUGUUUGGGGUGGCGAAGAUGAAGUACAUUCAGCCGUUCCCUGGGCAGUGCAUCUCAAUGGACCCCACCGCGGUCAUUGAUGUCUGUGGUAUCAUCGGCACACCGUCUCUAUGGAAACAGCAGGCCUCGUUGAUCUGGCGCAUUGGCCCCACCUACCUGUUUGAGGAAGCGCUGACCCCCGAGUCUGUGGAGGUCAUGCACACUCAGGGCACAAAAUACCUGGGGAACUACCUGUCCCUGACUGCUCAAGGUGCGCCUGUCAGUGGCAUGGACAGUGAUGCAACCCCUUUCAGAAUCGUCCCAGAGGAGAGAAUUUCCUUUGGCUUUAACCCGGCAGUGUCCACUAUCACCACAGUGGCAGAGAUCCGAGACCUCUACAAUGAGGUUGACUGUCGCCUCAUAGCCAAAGAGAUUGGAAUCACAUCACGGGAUAACUGCACUCCAGUCUACCUAGCCAGGAACAUAGCCCAGCAUUUAAGUGGGACUGCCCGUACCAUUGGCGCCGCCCUGGUGGGGCAUUUUGGGGUGCGGACAUUCGUUUCCACCAGUGCAGCGGACAGCUUCCUGCACAUUGGCGGCCCCACUGUUAUCCUCAGCCUGGUCGCCAUGGCGGUGGACGACAACUCCAUGUACGCGGCGACCAAAGUCCUGCUCUCUGCACUGAGCACAAGUCCCAGCUUGGAGAAGGAAAUGAAUCGUAUCCAUGGGUAUAAGCUUCUAGCCUUUCUCUUGAAGAUGAAGUCGGGUCUGAUCAGCCACAGGACGUUCCAGCUCAUUCUGUCCAUCGUGGGGACCCUGGAGCUGGGCAGCAGCUCCAUCUGCGUCCAGAACCUUAACGCGUUCCGGGAUAUCCUCUGCGACUUUGAGGUGUGGGAGAGCGCUCCAGACAAUCUUGACCUGUUGGUUUUGAAUCAUUUCGCUGACAUCCUGAAGUCUUCAAGGAGUUACCCCCGGAACGCCGAGGUCAUGCACCGCCUCAACGUGACGACGAAGCUGCUCUUCCUCCUGAACGAGCCCACGCUGACCUGCCGGAAGGCCAGCCUCAUCUCCACCAUCAUCCAGCGCCUGCUGAGUGGCUACUUCAACACCAAGGACGUCUGCAGACUUGGCCUGUUCCUGGUUUACACACUGCUCCCUCCGUCACUGAAUGAGAACACCAUUUUCUCUGGCAUCGUCUUCGAUGUCUCUUCUCAAGCCUUGAGCCAAACACCUGCGAGAACCGUCUGGAUUCGGAACCAGUUGCUGGAGAUGCUGUUCUCCUUAAUCAGCUCCGACACCGCUCUGUCUGCGAAGCAGCAGGAGGAGAUCUUCUUCGCUCUUGGGCCAGACUGGUUCCUGCUCUUCAUACAGAGCCACCUGCACUCCAGCACGGUCACACUUGGGUUCCGGCUGCUGACCGAAUUUCUGUCCCACCCGACCGUAGUCACCAAGUUCAGGGAGGGCAUCUCCCCCGGAACGCUGGUGGAGAACAUGGCAGAGGAGCCCUUGGCUGUCAUGGACAACCUGAAGACCCACUCCUGGUCGUUCGAGUGCGUGAGCUACACGUCCCCAGGGUUCGAUGUGCUCCGGAAGCUUCUGAUCAGCCAUGCCAAAGUCCCCCAGAUCUACGCCCUGCUGGCAGCGCUACUCCUGCGGAGAACUGGAUACGAGUCCCUCGCCGGAGAGCAGGAGCUGGACGAGGUCCUGCAGGGAGUGAUCGACUGGGCCAAUGACGCCAGCGGCCAGCAGCUCUGCGCUGACGCGGCCACCGUCCUCUUAGAGCUGGUCAAGGCCAUCAUAAGCAAGCCCUUGAGCGGAACAGAGGACUCCUGGGAGAUUCGCCACCCGGGGAGCGUCAUGCAGUUUUUCUGUUUGGUUCACAAUCUGCACCCAAGGGACCCCCUCUGGGGUUCCCCCGACUUUCUGAAAGUGCUGGCGGAAAGCGUGUUCCCGCCUGACUCCCAAGAGAGCUGCACAGCUGCCCCCUGGCAGGACGAUGGCACCGCCCCCCCUCCGGAGGCCCCGUUGCCCCGGGCGAUGCACCCCGCCCGGAAACAGGUGUUUGACUUCAUUCGCAUUCUGCUGAUGGACAGCCUGAUCAAUGUCUCCGCCAAAAACGGGCUGCACCCCUUCGUGCUGCUCCUGGAGUUCUCCCCCGAGGCGGCCACGCAGGAGCAGAAACAGAGCUUCCAGACAGAGGUUCUGGAGUCUCUGAUGGACAUCGUGCACAUGACCUGUCAGGAGGAGGGCCAGUCCACCCACGUGGCCAGAGACGAUAUCAAAGCCUCCAAUACUAGACAAGAUGGGAAGAUUGCCACGCUGAUUGAGAAUGUCGCUUUCUUCAGCAAAAAACUGGUGGAGAAGCUCUACUCAGGAAUGUUUGUAGCCGAUCCGGAAAAGAUUCUGGUGUUUAUUGCCGAGCAGAUUGUAGUGGUGAUGGAGAAGGCACAGUCCUUGCGCGAGAAGACCAUCAGCGUCCUGUACAACAGCGCCAAUCGGGCCACGCUCUACUUCCUGUCGCGGCCGCGGCAGACGUUGGCGGAGCGGCAGGUGACCGUGCAGGCGCUCCGUGUGCUGCAGCAGCAGUGGGACGUCCUGCUGGCCACGUACAACGCCAACGUCAACUUCCUCACCUGCCUGCUGCACUGCCUCCUGCUCCUCAAGUCCGGCAGCUACCCUGAUGGCUUUGGGUGUGAGACCCAUAAAAAGCAGCACAAGAAGAUCUGGUCCCACCUCCUGCCGCGCAAGAACAGCCACAUGAGCGAGGCGAGCGAGGCAGGCGAGGCAGGGGAGACGGUUGAGACACCCGACUUGGCUGAAGUCGAGUCAGAGCUGGCAGCCCUGCUGGAGAGCACGUGGAGCAGGCUGAUGCUGGAGAGGCGCCACUCGUUGGAAGAGGCCUACAAGAUGGAGCUGUCAGCCAAGCAGGGAGUCCGGGAGGGGCCGCUGGGCAUCGGCGACAUCAGCCCGCUCUGGGAGGAGACGGCGCUCAAAGCCUGGCAGCUCUUCAUAGACUCUCAGAAGAAGAAAAUGGCCAAUGCCAACCAGAAGAAGUCGAGUGCCCUCAGUGCUGCGAUGCGAUCCGCUCAGAGGAAACUAGGGAAGGACACCACCUGUACAGUGGAGGAAUACUUGAUGUGCAUGGAGGCCCACCGGAAAACCGGCCAGGAAAUGUUCGAAAGCCUUCUGAAAAACCACAUUCAGAUGCUGCACUGUGAGAAUGACCGGAUGGCCGACCAAUGGCAGAGGGCGGAGGAGGAGCUGCUCCGUGAGAGGGGCCUGUUCGGGCCUGGCCCGGGUGUCUUCCUGAAACGGGGAUGGGUGCAGGACACGGCCGAGGGGCCCAACCGAAUGAGGCCUCGGAUUCGCCGCAAAGCCGCGCGUCGAUCCAAAAAGUUUCCAGCAUCCAAUCUUGGCCUGUACAUGAAGUGUAAUUUUGUGGAAGAGAACAGAGGCGUAGCUGAAAGUGGCGAGCCUGACUCAGAGGUAAGGAUCCUGUGUGAGGCGGGGCAGGAGGCGGAGGAGAACGGGCUGGACUGCGAGCAGCUGACCUUCUUCCCCUCGCUGAGUGAUGCGACCCCCAUCUCUGAGGACUCCCCUGACUUCGCCCAGCAGUGCACAGAGACGCAGGUGAUCCUGCAGGAGCUGGUGGAGGGUGAGGAGGUGAAGGGUAAGCUGUGUGUGGUCAUCGUCAACGGCCACAUCAUCACAGAGGGGGUGCUGCUAUUCGGAAAGAAUGACUUCUACAUCUGCGAGGGCUUCACGCUGUCGCUGACCGGAGAUGUGUGCUGCAAGAGCCACCAUCCUACCAGCAGUGUCCGGGAUUCCUUCAUCUGCAGUAUGUUCAGCAAGGAGAGCCCUGCAUCGAGCCCAAGCUGCCGCCGCUACCCAUACAGAGAGAUUAAGGAGGGCCACAUCAUGCGCUUCCUGCUUGAGGACAAUGCACUGGAGAUAUUGAUGAGGAAUGGGCAGUCUGCGUUCCUGGUAUUUCAGAACAAGGAGCACAUACCUGCUUUCAAACGGCUGUGCUCUGUUGUGCCUUCGUUAAAAGGGAGAGGGGUCACAGAAGCCAUUAUUAAUGUGAGGAAGAACGCGGGGGGAGACAAGACGGCCCUACAUAAAUGGCAGAAAGGAGAGAUGAGCAACUUUGAGUACCUCAUGCACUUGAACACCCUGGCCGGACGGACAUACAAUGAUUUAAUGCAGUAUCCCGUGUUCCCUUGGGUCCUCGCCGAUUACGACUCAGAGACCCUCGAUCUGACCUCUCCGAGUACGUUCCGGGACUUGUCCAAGCCCAUGGGCGCCCAGACUGAAAAAAGGAAAGAGAAGUUUGUCCAGAGGUACAACGAUGUGGAAGGCACAGAGGGUGAUCUGGCAGCGCGGUGCCAUUACUGCACACACUACUCCUCUGCCAUCAUUGUGGCCCUGUUCCUGGUCAGAAUGGAGCCCUUCUCACAGACUUUCCUGUCUCUGCAGGGCGGAUCCUUCGACGUGGCCGACCGCAUGUUCCACAGCGUGAAGACGGAGUGGGAGUCGGCCUCCAGGGAGAACAUGAGUGACGUCCGUGAGCUCAUCCCGGAGUUCUACUACCUGCCAGACUUCCUCGUCAACUCCAACAACUUUGAGCUCGGUCGGAUGCAGGAUGGCACCUCGCUUGGAGAUGUUGUGCUGCCACCAUGGGCCAAAGGUGACCCCCAGGAGUUCAUCCGGAUGCACAGGGAGGCUCUAGAGAGUGACUACGUCAGCGCGCACCUCCACCUGUGGAUCGACCUCAUAUUCGGCUUCAGGCAGCAGGGCCCGGCCGCUGUGGAGGCAGUCAACACCUUCCACCCCUACUUCUACGCUGAGAGGAUGGACGCGGACAGCCUGAAGGACCCGCUGAAGAAGAGCACCGUGCUGGGCUUCGUCAGCAACUUCGGACAGAUACCCAAGCAGCUCUUCACCAAGCCCCACCCACCCCGGACGGCCCACAAAGGCUCCGUGGCCAAGGAGACGUCGGGGCCCAAUCACCCAUCCCCGUUCUUCUUCAGGCUGGACAAGCUGAAGCCAUCGGUCCAACCGGUGAAAGAGCUCAUCCGAGGGCCUGUGGGUCACAUGGUGUGCGGAGAGAAGGAGAUUCUGGCCGUGGAGAAGAAUAAACUGCUCAUCCCUCCCCUGUGGAACACUUUCUUCUCCUGGGGUUUCCACGACAACACUUGUGCCUUUGGAAACCACGCAACAGAAAAGAACUUUGCUGUCUGCGAGAGCCUGACAGACUGGGGGGAGAGCCUGUGUGCGGCCUGCCCCAACCCGACCACCAUCAUCACGGGGGGCACCAGCACCGUGGUGUGCGUGUGGGAGAUCUCCAUCAGCAAGGACAAGCUCAAGCACAUGAGGCUCAAACAGGCCCUGUACGGCCACGUGGAUGCUGUGACGUGCCUGGCGGCCUCCGAGGCCUACAGCGUCAUUGUCAGCGGCUCCCGCGACCGGACCUGCAUCCUCUGGGACCUGGAGGAGCUGAGCUACAUCACCCAGCUGCCCGGGCACUCCACCAGCCUCACCGCGCUGGCCAUCAACGACCUGACUGGGGAGAUUGCGACAUGCGCCGGGGCGCACCUUUACCUGUGGACGAUGAAGGGGCAGCUGCUGUCCUCCAUCGACACAUCCUUCGGGCCCGAGGGGGACAUCCUGUGCUGCUGCUUCACACAGAAGCAGGAGUGGGACUCCCGGAAUGUCAUCAUCACCGGCUGCGCCGACGGGAUCGUGCGGAUAUGGAAGACCGAGUACACGAAAGCACAAUUACCUGCGCAUCAAGAGGAGCCCCUACCUCAGGGGGACCAUCGGCCCGCGGAACCAGGGAAAGCUGAUGGACCAGGUAAGGGGUGGGAGAGACACCUGGUCCUGUGCCUGGAACUGAACCGGAGUCAGGCGGUGUCCCGCCGACGCUAUAAAAACAACCCUGCCGUCACUGCCUUGGCCAUACCCAGGUCUCACGGCGCUCUGCUGGUGGGCGAUGCUUGGGGGAGGGUGUUCUGCUGGACCUGUGAGGGUUAGUGACGGAAAAACCGAACUCUCCGCAAACCCGGACAUCAAGCCCCAACACACCCUCCUCCCCCACCCCUGCUCUGUGCAUGCUCGAAUAUCUAUUUCAUUUCCCCCAUUAAAAGGCACAAAGGAUGGUUCUAUGACCAAAUAAAACCCACAAAAAGUGUGUGCAUGGAUGCACAGGCACUGCACAUUCAUAAGCCUGCCUUGUGGGGAGCGCUUACCCACUAUCCCCCCCAAGGGCUCGUUUUCAAAUGUUCAAUAUUUACAAAAAAUGUCAAAUUCAUCUCAAUAUUGUUAAAUGUCCUUUAGGACAUAAACGGUUGGUAAACAGGCUUCUGGGGGGUCAGCCCAGCACUCUGGGCAGCCUCUUUACAAAAAAGGUUAAUAAACUCAUCUGAUGAUGAUGAAGUCAGCACAGGAUUGAGAGAUGACACAUGCUUCCUUGGACGCAUUGCGGGGAUGGUGGGGAGAGAAAUAUUAAACCAAGCAUUUAACAAAUAAAAGAUGCUGAAGUUUUGCAGGUAUGAUCUAGCGUAGGCCACUCACUGGAGUGCAAUAAGCCCAAAGUGCUGCUUAUUUUAUAAACAAUUCAUCUGGCUGUGUGUCGAAUCACCCUGCCUGAGAAUCACUUAUUGUUUUGAUUGUAGUUUUUGUCAUAGGGUUAUUUCCCACCCCAACCUCGUCAUCCAGUGAUUAAUUCCGACGCUGUCGACAGAUCAGUGCCAGCCUCUCUGGGCAGCAGGUUUCUGCUCUUUGAUAAUGUGUAAGUUUUUGUCUUGAAAAUGAUCAUUUUACCCAAAACAAAAUUUUGUACAACUCUGCCAGUAAUGAAGU